CCAUUAGCAGUUUAGUUUGUCUCCUCUGGUCUGGUGAACCAGACUUUUGGGCAGUUUUGAGGAGGGGAUUGUCUCAAAAAACAGCGGAUGUUGGCACAGCUCCCAGUUCCCAAGGAAAGGUUAUCUUCCAGUGCAAUUCAAUCCCCCAGCAGUGUGAGAUAGGAGGAUUCCAGCUCUGUUUUUUCUUUCCUUUGCUUUGUUCAUUAAAAACAUAUUUAAUUGCUGCUGCUGUUGGCUGUGGCUGCUGGUGAGCCCCCAGUGUCACCUGUGCCUGAGAGCACAGCGAGCUGUGCCAGACAAGUCACCGAGCAGUGAGCCCUGGCACGCUCACCCUGCUCUUCCCAUUUCCUCUGGGAAAGCUCUGCCAGGGCUCCCGAGGAUGAAUCUGACCCCUUUCAGGCACUGAGGGAGAGCUCUCCCGUUCCAGUCGCAUGUUUUCCAUUGUAAGCUGAUAGUUUCUGGCAUGUGUGGUGUCCCUUUGAUUGGAAUUCAUUCAGAAGCUUCCACAUGCAAAUGCUGCACAGGCAGGAGAGCCUCAGCUGACACAGCCAUUCAUCUGCAGGCUGCUUCCAGGGGCUGGGAUCCCCAUCCCAGCCUGACACCGGCCUGUGGAGCCAUUCCCAACACGCUGUGCCAGCUCUCUGCACCCAGCCCCGGCUGCAGGAAAUGCUCAGGACCUUCUUCUCCUCUGGGGAGCCCCUGGAGAUUUAUGGACACGCUGUGGCUUGUGGGAUGUGCAGCGCUGCUGUGUGGGUCUGGUGAUGGAAUAAGCUGUGCUUCUGCAGCCCUGUCAUCUGUCCUUCCCGUGCAGUGUGCCCCAGAGCUCGGGAAUGUGCCAUUUGUGCCAUUAAUCCCCAUCCUCAGAGCCCUUUGGGCUGGAUCAGCGCAUUCAGAAUCUGCAGACGUCGUUCUGAGGCGCAGCAGAAUUGUGCCUGCUCCCCGAGCCACAGAACAUUCUGUCAGCUGAGGGAUCAGAUUUAACAGAUUUAACUCAGAGGAGUUCAUUUCUGUGCACACAGACACACUUUGCACUGAUGUGCAGCAUCACCCAUGGACCGUGGGAGGGGGCUGGGGGCUCAUCUGCACUCAGAAUAAAUCAGUUUUCUCUCUGGGCACUGCUGGGUCCUCAGGGUAGAUUUAUCUGGGACGUCGGGUUUGUGUGGCUGUAACAGCCACGUCAGCUGUGCUUGUAACUUCACUUGGCAUGCUUUGGUUUUCACAUGAAUCCAGGAUAUAUCUGGGGGUUCUCUUUUUACUGGGAGGAAAAGUAUUAAAGUCACUACUCUGACUUGAACUUUUAAUGUUCUCCCUGCACAUUUGUCAUAAAUGCACUGAAUUACUGAGUUUGAUAGAGUCUGACUCCCUUUUUACAUUAAUUUAUGUCCUGGUAGACAAUGUUUCUUGCUAUGAAUAUCCUGCAGGAAUGGAACAUUGGGUCCGAGUGAGAAAUACAGCCAAUUAUUUUUACUCUUUGUCUCACACUGGGUCCUGUUCCGGUAACUGCGUCACGCUCCGAGAGGAUCUGCUGUGUUUCCAUUCCUGCUCCCUCAGAAGGGGCAGCUCGGCUGUUUUGCAGUCUGGGAGGCACAAAUGAAGCCCUGAGGGUCUGGUGUCGCUGCUCCAGCUCCAGCAGGUGGGAACAGGCAGCUCCAGGUGUGUCUCUGCUCAGGCUGCUCCCUUUUUGGGUGGCUGUACCCCUGGCUCAGCAGGCAGCUCCAGAAGGUUGGGUGGUUCACAGGAUCUCAUUCCUUGGUGUUCCUGGGGAGAAGGUGCAAAGGAGAGACUUGACAGCAGAUGUCACAUCUAACUGGGGAGAGGAGGCACUCCCAGGCCUUGUCCUCUGGGUUAUUUCCAGAGCACUCACCUAAAGAUGAGGAUGGAUUUUUUCAGAGUCCCAGCUUCACAUAACCAGGAAAAAAAGAGCAGAUUCCUGGGGAAGCAGGUCUGGGCUGAAAAAUGACACUUUGAACCAUCAUCUUCAGUGGCCAGUGUGUCCUGUGCUCCCUCUUAUCCUUGGGUUGAGUAAAAGUCUGAGACUGGAGUUAUUUCUGGCCCACUUUUAUCCUGGUUGAGGAGAAUUGAUUUUUCUGAUUUGCCUUUGAACACAGGGAGUGUGAUUGGGAAGCACAGAACAAUAUCCCUGCAGUGGGAAGGAAGGUGGAGAAUGGAGUGAUGUGAACAUUCAUGGUUAACAUCUGCUCAGGAUCUGUUUAAAUUGUUGUGAGGGGGAGUCCCUGGUUCAGUGUCAGCAUCCUUCCUCUUCAGAUAAACUGUGAGCUCACAGUUAGCAUCCUCAUGUACCCCUGACAUACCCUGGGGAGACAAGGAGUAAAAGAAGGACUUGAAAUUACUGUGAUAAAACACAAGGACUGAAAGAUGACUGCAGGCCCUUGGCAUCCUCCAGGGGAAGGAAAAGGAAGGUGGAACUGGAGCUGGGGAGCAGCUCUGUGUGAGCUGUGCCCAGCCACAACUGCAGCCUCGUUGGGGAUUAAUCCAGUUAGUGACCCAAAGGGAAACACAGGAACAAUAUCAUCAGCUCAGCAGUUCUAAAAUAAUUUCAGUCUCUAUUAUGUCAUCUGCUGUAAAUACCGAUUGUUUGCUGCUGGCUCUGUUGCCCAUCAGAACUAUUACUAAAAACUAUUUGCCAUUUGUUCUUUCCUGUUCUCUUAGCAAUAACUUCCUCUCUGAGCAUUUCUUUUACCUAAGAGCUGGACAUCUGUCUUCCUCCUCAUUGUGACAAACACUCAGGGCUCUUCUCCCCAGCUCUGCUCAGCUGAGUGCUGGGGGUGUCUGGGCUUUUCCUUCCCAUCAGCAUCACCAGUGUGAUGUGGGCAGGGGCUGGGGCUGUGGGAGAGCGACUGCAACUGGGUUCUGAGAAGUGAAGGGAGAUGUUAACAGAGAAACAGCCGUUCCCAAAUGGCUGGGAAAUGUUUGCACUUACCUGGGAAGUGGGCAGUGACAAGGAAAACCUCCCUUGUUUGGAACUCUCGGCUAUUUGAGGCUGAAUUUGAUGAAAUGCCAGGACUGCUGGAGGAGGUUCCUUGGGACAGGCUCUGCUGUGUUGAUCAGAGGUGGAAGAUCACGGAUUUCCCAAGAGUGUGAAGCAGCUGUGGGUUAUUGUUUGGGGAGUGAGGAGCUCAUGGGAAGGGUGGCUUCCAAAGCACUUGGUGCCUUUGCUGCUCAGGGUGGUGCAUUUCCAGUGCAAAAACCACUCUAUAUAUGAACUCUGGCACUUUCUUGUUUGCUUCCCCCCAUGUUGAACAUUCCCUGCUGAUGGUUUGAAAGUGGAACUUUGAAUUUUGCGCUUCAGUUUUCAGUGCUUGGGGUGUCUUAGUUUGAGCUUUGCUGUGGAGGAGAACUGAGGCAGAGCUGCCUGGGUCUGACCUGCUCAGGAGGAGUGAGCCAGGUAAUGCCUCAGUGCUGGAGAAAGGAACCUCUCCCAUCACACAGCAGUCCCAGGCACUGCAGGAGAACACAGCCCUGUGAGUACUUGUCUUGCUGUAAAGGGCAUGAGUUGGCUUGUGCAGAAUUAGACAGAAAAUAUUUCAUGCCAAUUUUUAGGGAUUGCAAAAGUUCCAGGAAUAAUGAGAUCCAAUUUGAGGCAUCUCAUUUUUUACUGGUUUAUAGAGACAGAUUUAGAUAUCUGCAUGUUGUCAUGGUUCUAAGAGGGCUUUUUUUGGAAGCCAAACAAGCGGUGCUAUUGAGGGGCCAAGUGUCUCAGAUGAGGAAUGCUGCUGGAUUUGUGCAUCAGGCUCUGUGCAGAGCAGAGUGGGGUUUGCAGAGGCUCAGGCAGAGAUCUCCUCGUGUCCAGCUCACACAGCAGCACCUGCUCGGGCUCUCUCCCCACACCACCUGAAGCUCUCUGGGAUUCUCAUUCACGCUCUGUGUGCACUCACAGUUCAUCACAAAUUUGAGUUCCUUCUGCAUGAAGUGAAGUGAGGCUACAAGGGCUGUCUCUUCAGCCUGGAGCUCCCCUCUCCUCCAGCAGUGCAUCCAUUUGAUUUCCAGCCCUAUCUGCUGAAUUAUCUGCAGAAUCCCUUUUUCUUCUCUCAGACCAAUGGUUCAGUCCUGACCCUCUGCCAGCGAGGUUGUCUCUCUUCUCUGGGACAUUGUUCCUUUCUGGAGACUCAGAGAAGCCAGUCUGAACUUGGGAGAGCUGAGAUCUUGGCAGGGAGGAGGGGCUGGCAGUUAGACACUGGGGAAGGUUUAUUUUCCCUGCAGAAUUUUCUUUCCAAGGUGAGUACUCUUAAUUGCAGGUGGGUGGAAUCCAAGCCCCGCAGGCUGUUUGGUCACCAGGCAGUGACUUCACUUUGGGUUGGGCUUCCCUCACCCUCCAUUCUGUAAAAGACUGAGCAGAUACCGUGAAGAGCAAAAGAUAAAGGAGAGGGGGUUGGUUUGCUUCAUUUUUUAACUUGCACAACCCGAAAUUGUUGUUUCAAGCACAAAGCAGUGUUUGCCAGCAGAGUUAGAGGUCUCAGGAUGUUGAAAGCUGUCGCUGCUGGAGGGAUGGAGCAUGACCAGGGCCAGCCAUGGAGCAGGACAGAGGAUCCCAGCCCAAAACCUCCUCCUCUCCUGUCCUGUGCUGCCAGGGACAGCUCAGCCUCGGCAUCCCCACCUCAGGCAUUCCCAGGAGAGGCUUUCCACACAGGAAAACAUCUCCUCUUCUUUUCCAGCGCUUCAGGCUCCCCAGUGUGGUGCUGGCACCAGGUUUGGCAGCCCCAGCUCCGUUGUUCAGGAGAGGUGCUGGCUUUGGGCUCGGGGCUGUUCCUGCUGGGGGCUGGGUGCUGGUUCUGGGUGAGGAGCAGCCCAGGAAGGGGUAAUGCUGCUCACCAGUAAGGGUUAAUGGGCUGCCCCAUGGCAGGACAGCUCUCUGGGGCUGGGGAACGGGGCAGGUGCCGGGGGUGCAGGAGCCCAGCCCCAGCAGGACCCUGCGCUCCCCACGGCGCGAUUACUGCCAGGGGAUUUGGUGGGAAGUGGCCAAUGAGGGGCCAAGCUGGCUCCAAAUCCAGCUUUUCCCAAAGCCCAGAUAAAACAGACUGCCAUUAAUGAGGCAAGAAAGGUUAGGACGAGCAGCAUUACAGCAGAUCUGGAGAGGUAAGGUGAUGGUUCUGUCUGAGGCUGGCAGAGCAUCUGGCCCCAGUGGGAACCAGGAGCUCGCUGAGGCUGGAACUGGGACAGGAUUUGCACGUCUGCAGCAGGAGUUUAUUUGCUGAUGUUAAGAAAUGCCAUAGCUGGAGGCUCUGGGUACUGGAAUCAGGAAGCUGAGUACAGAUUUUCUGUGUCUUUGUAGCUGUGUGCUCAUUCUGGGUGAUAAACAAGUUUCUCGAGAGGAAAGCUCUGAAAAAUGUCUGUAACCUGCCGGUGAGUUUAGUUUUAGGUUCUGGGGUUUGAAAUGGGGAUUUGUGGUCAGAAAGUGUUGAGCAGGUUUCACUUAGAGAGCUGGGUUGUCACAAUUUUCUGAUGGCUGCUCUCUCUCUGCUCAGCUGCACGUAGAGAUGGAAAUAGAGCAGCUAAUUGAACCAGCUUCGUUAAAAUGAAGGAGAUGUAGCAAGUAAAGCUUGGUACUGUAAAACUGGAUAUAAGAAAAAAGUAAAAAGCUGGGAUUUUUUACCCUAAUCUUGAGAUCUGCUGCUGUACAAAAAAUGCUGCUGAGCCUUUUAGUGCUGGUGACAGCGUGGGCUGAAGCUUCCCUCGCCGGGGUAAUCUUCUGCAAACCAGAAUCUCUUCUCAGCCCAGUGUGGCACAGCCUCACCUCCAGCCCUGCCAGCCCUGCUCUUCCUCCCCCUCCUAAAAAAGAAGUGGCAGCUGUUGGGAAGGGAGCCCGUUUGCUUUCUGGUGCUGCUUUGGGAAUAUGAUCCAGAUCCUGCAUGAGACAGAGGAAGCAGCAGAGCGAGAGAGAAGGGGGGAGCUGGGAAGCUCUGGAGAAUUACUUGCUUAUUUUAAGCCUGGUGUAGAAAGUUCAAUCUUUGUAGUGAGGUUCAGGGAUGAAGCAGAACUGCUACUAAAGGUCCUAGCCUGGGAAUCCGAGAAUUCCUGGUUGAAUGUAAGUAAUCCUAGAGUUUGCUGGUUGUUCUGUGCAAAAUUUCCAGUGCAUUGAAAUGACUUUGAUUGUCCUCUAGCGAGGGGUGCCUGUGCUGAGGGCGUUGAGAGUUGUGUGUUAUGGAGUAACAAUUUAAUUCUUCCUGGGGUUUAUUUUUAAUCUACUUGAGCAUUUCAGGUAAGGGAGCAAGGCUCUGUUCUGGCUCCCAAUUUCAGCUGGGGACAGGGCACAAAACACUCAAAAGUGCAAGAAUAUUCCAAAACUGGCAGCAGCCAAAAGCAUUCAGAAUUCUCCACCUUGGGCUUCUGCCAAGCAAUUAAUGGAAACUCAAACUCUUUAUUUUUGUUGUCAGGUCAAACAAUUCACUUCUGUCAGCUCCUCUUAUUCCUAGAGGGACACUCCUAGAAAAGUCUAAGGAAAGUUGGGGUGCUGUUGGCUGAAGUGGAUGUAGCACAGCUCUCCAUGAAGGAGGUGGGUGACGGGCUGCACGAGCAGAUGAACUGCAUGAUGGGCGCCCUGCAGGAGCUGAAGCUGCUGCAGGUGCAGACAGCCCUGGAGCAGUUGGACAUCUCGGGGUGCCGGAGCCCCCCGGAGCAGCGCCGGUGCUGCCGGAGCGGAGCCGGGCAGGACUCGCGGCCGGGCCAGGCGAGGGGACCCUGCCCCCCGGGCCUGGCGUGUCCCGGGACAGCCGGGCUGUGCCAUCCCACCGUGUUCCCAGAGAGCCACCACCCUGGAGAAACCCCCUCCUCCUCCUCCUCCUGCUGCUGCUCCCGGAGCCCCUGUGGGGAGGAUCUGUGUCCCCCAAAAGGACCUUCCUCGGGGUCCGGCAGAGCGGAGCGUGGCUGGCCCCGCACACCCGCCAGGGACACAGCUCGGGGGUGGCCGCCGUGCCGGGAGCGCCCGGGAUGUGACGAUGGCCACGACUGGACCUCGUCCCUGAUGUCCCAGAGCAGGAACCGGCAGCCGCUGGUGCUGGGGGACAACAUCUUCGCUGACCUGGUGGGGAACUGGCUGGACCUGCCCGAGCUGGAGAAGAAGGGGGAGAAGAGCGAGGAGUCCCUGUCCGUGAGCAGAUCCCAGGAGCUCUGCAGGAAGUUCUCCCUCACAGCCAACAUCUUCAAGAAGUUCCUGAGGAGCGUCCGGCCGGACCGGGACAGGCUGCUCAAGGAGAAACCGUGCUGGCUUCCUCCUGAGGACAAACAGCCCGAGAUUUCCAAGAGGUCCAAAAAGAUCAGCAAACUCAAGGGGACAUUUUACUUGCCCCUGCACGGGAACCUGCAGAGCCAUCACAGCAAAGCAGAGAGGUGCCCGAGGGCAGACAGCCGAGGUGAGCACCCCAAAAUGGGCUCCAAGAAGGUCCAGGAGUCCAGGGACCUCAGCCAGGCGGGGUUUGACAUCAACACAGCCGUUUGGGUCUGAGCCUGCCCCGUCCUCUGCUCUGCCCAGCUCUCACCUUCCCAGGAGACUCCUGAGCUCUCUGCAGGGACAGGAGAGGAGUCGUGCAGGACGUGCUGCGGGCUUCACUCGCCUGCACGUGGAAUUUUCUGGACAACUGUGGCUCCAGGGACUGCCUGAGCAGCAGCUGGCGCACGUGGGGAGACCUUUGGGGGCCAAUAUUUUGCCAAUAUUGGCAAAAAUAAUCUUUAGCAGCUUUAGGGUGAGUGGUGCCACAGUGGUGCCAUUCCACCAUCUCCACCUCAAUGGCUGCAGCACAAAAUCCACGGUGUGCAUGUGUGUGUAUGAGUGUGCAAAUACAUAUAUAUAUAUAUAGUUUUGUUAAAAAAAAUCUAUUCCUGCUUCUGUGCACUUGAAACUGGGUCAUAAACCAGGCAUCCAAGCCUUGUACCUGAAGCACUUGUUAUUUAAAUGGAAAGAAAUGAGUUUGAAUUUAUAAGACUUGAACAAUUGCUGAGUGGGGGGCAGACCCCAACUUUGGGGGUGUUUCCCCUUAAACUGCAUCCCUGUGCCCUCCCAGCACCUCUCCCUCCCCUGCCAGCUCAACCAGCAGGGCACAAGGCUCAGUACAGGGGGGUUGUGGCCUGGGGGUCUCGGUGGGUUUGCCCCUCUCCCCUCCCCUGGUCCCUGUGGAUCACUCCAGGUACAACACUGCUGAAGUUUAUUGUUGGAUUUUCACCCAGAUGCAAAGUUCAAUCCCCCAUUUCUUGUUGUGUUCCCUGUUGCUGAUGUACAAACCUCGUCCUGACAGAACCAAGUUCUUCAGUGUCCGACUCUCCAAGAGUUUCCAAUAAAGUGGGAUCGGUGUCGUCUC